CAACUUUUCCGAGAAAUCAAGCCAAGCCGAGUGAUUUUUUCUUUGUCAUUUCUAUAAUUAUAUCUGUGUAUUUCUAUAAAUAUUAAAAUAUGUCCAAACAGAAUCUUACCGGUGGCGAUGUCAACAAAGACAAUGGCGUUGAGCGCCCGCCCAAGCAGGUGCAUAUAAGAAUUCAGAAGGGUUUCGGCUACAAAAUGCAAACCACUGUCCAGGGCCUAUCCGACGAGUACAAAUUGAUGAAAAUCGUGCGCGCCUUUAAAAAGGAAUUCACGUGCAAUGUAAUUGUCACCGAACAUCCGGAGUAUGGGGAAGUUAUCCAGGUGCAGGGCGAUCAACGUCAGAGGAUCUCCCGCUGGCUGGUCAGAAUGGGAUUGGCCAAAUCCGAUCAGGUGAAGUUGCACUCACCUGAUGAGCGCUCUUAAAAGCACUCAUACACCCACAUCCGCAGCAGCAGCAGCAGACAUGAGUCGGCAGAAUCGACCGACGGCAGACGGCAGACGGGGCCAAAUAUGAAACAAAUUUAAAUCAACUGUAACUAGCUCUCUUCCUGGUUUAAUUAAUGAGAGUGACUUGUGCUUGCUGGACUGCGGGACGCCGACGACUCCAAGGAUUCCAACAAAUCAUUCUGCCAACACACACACACACACACACAUACAGAGAUUGUUUGCCAACACUUAGCCAAUGGAUUUCUGUAUUUAUUACAUUUUAUACAUAUAUAUAUAUGUAUGUAUAUAUGUAGUACAAAUGACAGACUGUCGCCGACACGAUGAUUUGACGAAGCGAAACAGAGGUCUGAAACAAAAGAAAAUCACGCAACCCACUGUCAUGUCGGACCAAUAAUUGAAAAGUCCCCACUGCCCGCCUUGAAUGGUCGUCUGGCCAUGACAAUCAUCAAUCAUUUAGGUGUGUUCCCCCCGGCCGCCUGCUCUGCUCCUUUUCCUGCUGUUGCGUGAUGUUUGGCUGCCAUCCCCCUGGGUGGGGCCGGAACUCAAACAAUACACGGACUUCUAAGUAAUUCAAGACACACACACACACACUAAUUCGAUUUAAGCCGGCGAAGUGUAAGCUAAACUACAUGCUUAUGGAACCUGUUCAGAGAGAAGGGACAGAUACCUCUCCACUUCCAUAAUUUCCUAAGUAAUACUGGACCCACACACACUAAUUUGAUUUAAGCCGGCGAAAUCUAAGCUACAUGCAUAUGGAACCUGUUCAGAGAGAAGGGACAGAAACCUCUCCACUUCCAUAAUUUCCUAAGUAAUACUGGACACACACACACUAAUUCGAUUUAAGCCGGCGAAAUGUAAGAGAGAAGGGACAGAAACCUCUCCACUUCCAUAAUAUCCCACAUUUCGAUUCGGAAGUCUACGAACCACUACGACGAUUAGAAAUAUCUUAGAAAACUGAACCCAUCUAUACAUUGAAGACUGUCUGCGGCACUGACUAAAACCAAACUAAAUUGAAAUCAAAAUAAACUAAAGACACAAUAAAAUGGAUGGAUUUGAA